CAAAUGAAGAGUCCCGAGAAGAAACGCCGCAAGUCCAACACGCAGGGCCCCGCCUACUCCCACCUCUCGGAGUUCGCCCCGCCACCGACCCCCAUGGUCGACCACCUGGUGGCCUCCAACCCCUUCGAGGAUGACUUCAGCGCCCCCAAAGUCAGCUCGGCCUCCGCCCCCUUCCUCGGCAACCCGGGACCCUUCGGGAACUUCCGCAUGCAAGGAGCCAUGGGUCCCCAGGUGCCCCCCGGCUAUGGGGGAGGCCCCCAGCCCAUGCGGAGGCAGCCGCCCCCCUUCGGCCCCGGCCAGAUGGGCCCGGCGUUCAACAUGCCCCCCCAGAACGCCGGCUACGUCCAGCCCGGCGGGAUGGCCUUCGCCGGGCAGCCCUUCGGGCAGGCCCUGGGGCAGAACUUCAGCCCUCCCGGCGGCCAGCUCAUGCAAGGACCCAUGGGGGGCUUCGGGCCCAUGAUCUCCCCAAACAUGGGGCAGCCCCCGCGGGGAGGAGAGGUGGGCCCGGGGCCCGGCCUGAACACCCCCGGGGGCCCCCCGAUGGCCCAGCGCUUCAGCCAGCCGGCCAACAUGUUCGGACAGUCGCCGAUGCCGCGGCAGAGCCUCCCCAACCUGCCGCCCAACCCCAGCCCCUUCCCCGGCCCCGACCCGGGCUUCCCCCCCGGCGGCGAAGACAACGGCGGGGGCGGCAAGCCCCUCAACCCCCUGCAUGCCAAAAAGAUGUUCUGCCACUUAGGCACCCAGCCCACCUUCGCCCCCAACAGCGCCGGGCACGCCGGGGCGGGCACCCCCGAGGCCAACAGCCUGCCGCCCCCUCCCGGCAAGGCGUCCGGCAACCCCAGCCACCAGCCCCCGCCCGGGCUGGUGUACCCCUGCGGGGUCUGCCGCAGCGAGGUGAACGACGACCAGGAUGCCAUCCUGUGCGAGGCCUCCUGCCAGAAGUGGUUCCACCGGGAGUGCACGGGGAUGACGGAGAGCGCCUACGGGCUGCUGACCACCGAGGCCUCGGCCGUCUGGGCCUGCGACUACUGCCUCAAGACCAAGGAGAUCCAGUCGGUCUACAUCCGGGAGGGCCUGGGGCAGCUGGUGGCCGCCAACGACGGCUGAGCCGGCCGCGAGACAGGCGGCGACUCGGGCCACGGGCGGCGGGGGGCGGCGCCGGGUUUUUAUACCGCUGGACUCUCUGGGGCUCCGUCCGGGCCGCAAACACGCACACACGAGCAGCUGGUCUGUGGACGGAUACGCAAACGGCCCCGUUGCUGAUUGGCCGGAAGGAUCCCCUUCCUAACGA